GCGUUGGCGGCGCGAAAUCACACCUGACUAGCCUUAAAAUGUGCUAGCGUCCCCCCGGGGCACGCUUGGACCACCGCUUGUUUGGGAAACCGAAGCCGAAUGAAAUUGUCGCGACACGACCUACACCAGCUCCGCACGUGUGUCGCGCUCCAGUACAGAGGAUCCUGAACGCCACUGAAUAUUACAGAAUAGAGGACUGUUGUGCAAAACUGUCAAUAUGCCUCCCAGGAAGAAGCCUAAGCUUACCGCUCAAUCCGAAGCCGCGCAACCUUCCGCAAACACCCCCGCCAGUGAUAGCGCAGCUCUGCCUAACACAGAUUACGACCCAGUGACGGACCCGUGGACGGAUGAGCAGGAGACUGCGCUACUAAAGGGGAUAAUCAAAUGGAAGCCGGUUGGAAUGCACAAGCACUUCCGCAUGAUCGCUAUUUCCGAGUUCAUGAAAAGUCAAGGCUACGCACCUGCCCACGCAGAGCAUACACGGAUACCUGGGAUUUGGAAAAAACUCGGGACAUUAUAUAACCUCCCCGCACUCGAUGAGCGGGAGGACUCCUUAAUAACAGAUACAUCCGAUGAUAUCGAGAGCUCCAAGGAGCUUUACUGUCCAUUUGAGCUUCCGGAAGAUGAAUACGGCGAGUUGAUGUUCGAGAGGAGAUUAGCAAUGGAAGGUUCCGCUUCGCCAGUCCAUAGUGCCCACGCCGAAUCCAGGCGAGGUAGCACGGUAGCCGACACAGAUGGUGCGUCCUACUGGCUCUUUGUUUCUUUUCGAGGUCUGUCUAGAUUCUAACUACUAGUCACAUUUAGAACCCCGAUCCUCUCCGGCGCCGUCAAGAGGUAGGAAGUCAGGUCGUGGAAGCCGUCAAUCAGCACGAGGUGCUCGAUCUUCGCGGCUACAGGUAGAAAUCGAGGCUCCGAGGAGGAGCUCAGGCACAGGGGAAGAGGAAGGUGACUCUGAGGAUGCUGGUGCGAAUGAAGAAGGGGACGAGGAAGGCUCGGACGGGCCGAAGGACGACAGCGAAGGUGACGAGGAAGCCGAAGAGGAUACAGGAGGCUCACCAACCGGACGAAGUACACGAGCCCAGACAACUCGAACAAAACAAAAGGAGAAGAGAAGUAGUGGCACAGGUACCAGACGAGGCGGUCGACGACGGUAGUUUUAAUGUGUACUUUUACUUUAUGAUGGUUUAAAACUUUGAUACCUCUGGAGGACUCAGGCAGGCGUUUCUUUUACAUUCACAUAUAGCAGAUUUAUCAUCGCGUUUAGUCUACUUAAAUCUUGGCGAUCAGUCAACAGAACGCGAUGCUCUCGAUGAACAUGUUAAGUCGCCAAGCGAUUGCGCUAAUUGAUGGGGCAACAAUACGACGACAAC